UUAGGUUAUAAAUUAGGGUUUUGUUGUAGCUUCAUUUCCAAAACACUUCCUAAUUUCCGUCGACUCCCUCCUUCAUAGGUUUUUCAUCCAACCGAUCUCAAAUAUCCAGAAGCAAAAAAUGACUCGCCGUAGCUCUGGUGGAAGAUCUUCCCGCCCAGCCCCUCGCCCAGCUGCACGUAGCCCGCCUCCUCAGAAAGUGAGCAGCGCUCCUCCUCCAGCUCCAGUCCAAGGUGGCUCCGGUGGAUCCAUGCUCGGAAGCCUUGGUUCAACCAUUGCUCAAGGGAUGGCAUUCGGUACUGGAAGCGCAAUGGCACAUAGGGCAGUUGAUGCCGUUAUAGGCCCACGAACAAUUCAGCAUGAAACCGUUGCAUCCGAAGCUGCAGCAGCCCCAGCACCCAGCAUGGGUGGAUCUGAUGCAUGUGGCGUGCACAACAAGGCUUUCCAGGAUUGCCUGAACAGCUAUGGAAGUGACAUCACCAAGUGCCAGUUCUACAUGGACAUGCUUGUUGAGUGCCGCAGAAACUCUGGCUCUUCGAUGAGCGCCUAAGCGCAGUAUGCACGCAUUUGAAACAAUUUCUAUGGGAAUGUCACUAAGGAUUCCUAUCAUUGACAUUGAAUAUUGUUGUUACACCAUUUAAAUUGCUGGUCUGCAGACCUUGUUGCGCUUCUACUCGCACUCUGUUUGCCAUUUUGCAUAGUGUUCUUUGGAAAAUAAAGAGAAUCUUUUGAACUUGUUAUUGUUGAUGAUAAUGGAUGCUCUUGUUCUUCAUUGUGAA